AUGAACGACAUCUCAGACAACUCCUCCAACACGCUGGUUAACGGCGGCACCGUUGCCAACAGCGGUAUUCCCAAGGAUGGCACCGAAGCUGAUACAGACGAUGCAGGUGUCUUGAGCAUUGACCCCUGGCUCGAGCCGUUCCAGGAUACUCUCAAGAGGCGCUAUUCCAAAGCCCAGUCUUGGAUCGAUACCAUCAAUAAGACAGAAGGCGGUUUGGAGAAGUUCAGCAGGGGUACCGAGGUCUUUGGUUUGAACGUCAACAAGGACAACAGCAUCACAUACAGAGAAUGGGCCCCCAAUGCCAAACAAGCCUCCCUUAUUGGCGAAUUCAACAACUGGGAUAGGAACGCUCACCCCAUGAAGAAGAACGAGUACGGCGUCUUUGAGAUCACAAUUCCUCCCACGGCCAACGGGCAACCAGCUAUCCCCCACAACUCCAAGAUCAAGAUCACCCUCGAACUCCCCGACGGCCAAUGGGUCGACAGACUGCCAGCAUGGAUCAAAUAUGUCACCCAGGACCUCUCAGUCUCGCCCGCAUAUGAGGCGCGGUUCUGGAACCCUCCCCAAUCCGAAAGAUACACAUUCAAGCACAAGAGGCCGUCAAAGCCGGAAAGCCUCAGGAUCUACGAGGCUCACGUCGGCAUUUCCUCCCCGGAGUGCAAGGUGGCUACCUAUAAGAACUUCACCAAGAACAUGCUUCCCCGCAUCAAGAGCCUGGGAUACAACGCAAUUCAGCUCAUGGCCAUCAUGGAGCACGCCUACUAUGCCAGUUUCGGAUAUCAGGUGAACAGCUUCUUCGCGGCAAGCAGCAGAUACGGCCCGCCCGAGGAUCUCAAGGAGUUGGUAGAUACUGCCCAUGCCAUGGGCAUCGCCGUGUUGCUCGAUGUCGUCCACAGUCACGCCUCCAAGAACGUCCUUGAUGGCUUGAACGAGUUUGAUGGUACCGAUCACCAGUACUUCCAUGGUGGCGGCAGGGGCAAGCAUGAUCUUUGGGACAGCAGGCUUUUCAACUACGGUCAUCACGAGGUUAUGAGGUUCUUGCUCAGCAACCUUAGGUUCUGGAUGGAUGAGUACUCCUUUGAUGGUUUCAGAUUCGAUGGUGUGACGAGCAUGCUUUACCUCCACCACGGUAUCGGAACUGGUUUCUCUGGUGGCUACCACGAGUACUUCGGCCCUGACGUUGAUGAGGAGGCGGUUGUUUACCUCAUGCUCGCCAACGAGAUGCUUCACCAACUAUACUCCGAGGUCAUCACCGUUGCCGAGGAUGUAUCAGGAAUGCCGGCUCUGUGUCUCCCACUCUCCCUAGGAGGUGUUGGCUUCGACUACAGACUCGCGAUGGCCAUUCCCGACAUGUGGAUCAAGAUCCUGAAGGAGAAGAAGGACGAGGAGUGGGAUAUUGGCGCUAUCACUUGGACCCUGACAAACAGGCGUCACGGCGAGAAGACCAUUGCUUAUUGUGAGAGUCACGAUCAAGCGCUCGUCGGUGACAAGACCCUCAUGAUGCAUCUCUGCGAUGCCGAGUUGUACACCAACAUGUCUACCCUCACGCCUCUGACCCCGGUCAUUGACCGCGGCAUGGCACUGCACAAGUUGAUCCGUCUCCUUACCCAUUCCCUGGGAGGUGAGGGUUACCUCAACUUUGAAGGCAACGAGUUCGGCCACCCCGAGUGGCUUGACUUCCCCCGUGAGGGCAACCAGAACUCGUUCUGGUACGCCAGGCGCCAGCUCAACCUUACGGAAGAUGGUCUUUUGCGUUACCAGUACCUCAACAACUUUGACAGGUCGAUGAACCUGACCGAGGACAAGUACGGCUGGUUGCACGCCCCACAGGCCUACAUCUCUCUCAAGCACGAGGGCGAUAAGGUCAUCGUCUUUGAGCGCGCCGGCUUGGUCUUUGUCUUCAACUUCCACCACUCCAACAGCUACACCGACUACCGCAUCGGUAUUGAGCAAGAGGGCACCUACCGCAUCGUUCUCGAUUCUGAUACCAAGGAGCACGGUGGCUUCAACCGUCUCGAUCCCCAGACUCGCUUCUUCACUUCCGACCUUCCCGGCAUUUCCGCCUUCGCCCGGACUGCCCGUCCUUCCUUUGCGGCGGCGUCUCGUCGCGCCGUCCGCCCGGCUGCCCUCAACCGUAUCCCUGCCCUCAGCAGAUUCGCCAGCUCCGCCGGUGUUGGUGAUGGCAAGAUCUACCAGGUCAUUGUCAAGUUCGAUACCGACAAGCUCCCUCCCAUUCUCAACGCCCUUGAGACCCAGAACAAUGGCCAGAAGCUCAUCCUCGAGGUCUCGCAACAUCUUGGCGAGAGCGUCGUGAGAUGCAUUGCCAUGGACGGUACUGAGGGUCUCGUUCGUGGUGCCAAGGCCUCCGACACUGGUGCUCCCAUCACCAUCCCUGUCGGCCCUGCCACCCUUGGCCGUAUCAUCAACGUCACUGGUGACCCCAUCGACGAGCGCGGUCCCAUCAAGACCGACAAGUUCCGCCCUAUCCACGCCGAGGCUCCCGAGUUCGUUGAGCAGUCCACCACUGCCGAGAUUCUCGUCACUGGUAUCAAGGUCGUCGAUCUCCUCGCCCCCUACGCUCGUGGUGGAAAGAUUGGUCUCUUCGGUGGUGCCGGUGUCGGCAAGACUGUCUUCAUUCAGGAGCUCAUCAACAACAUCGCCAAGGCUCACGGUGGUUACUCCGUCUUCACUGGUGUCGGUGAGCGUACCCGUGAGGGUAACGAUCUGUACCACGAAAUGCAGGAGACCUCCGUCAUUCAGCUCGAUGGUGACUCCAAGGUCGCUCUUGUCUUCGGUCAGAUGAACGAGCCCCCCGGAGCUCGUGCCCGUGUCGCCCUUACUGGUCUCACCAUUGCCGAGUACUUCCGUGAUGAGGAGGGUCAGGAUGUGUUGCUCUUCAUUGACAACAUUUUCCGCUUCACCCAGGCCGGUUCCGAGGUGUCCGCUCUUCUCGGUCGUAUUCCCUCUGCCGUCGGUUACCAGCCCACUCUCGCCGUCGACAUGGGUCAGAUGCAGGAGCGCAUUACCACCACCACCAAGGGUUCCAUUACCUCUGUCCAGGCCGUCUACGUCCCUGCUGACGAUUUGACUGAUCCUGCCCCCGCCACCACCUUCGCCCAUUUGGACGCCACCACUGUCUUGUCCCGUGGUAUCUCUGAGUUGGGUAUCUACCCCGCCGUCGAUCCCCUCGACUCCAAGUCCCGUAUGCUCGACCCCCGUAUCGUCGGUGAGGAGCACUACGCCACCGCCACCCGCGUCCAGCAGAUCCUCCAGGAGUACAAGUCCCUCCAGGAUAUCAUUGCCAUUCUUGGUAUGGACGAACUUUCCGAGGCCGAUAAGCUCACCGUCGAGCGUGCCCGUAAGAUCCAGCGUUUCCUCAGCCAGCCUUUCACUGUCGCUCAGGUCUUCACUGGUAUCGAGGGUAAGCUCGUUGACCUUAAGGACACCAUUGCCUCCUUCAAGGCCAUUCUCGCUGGUGAGGGUGAUGACCUCCCCGAGGGUGCCUUCUACAUGGUUGGCGACUUCGCCUCUGCUCGCGCCAAGGGUGAGAAGAUCCUUGCUGAGCUUGAGGGCAGUGCUUAA